AUGUUUAUUGGUAUAUUUAUUUUAUUAUUAAUAUUGAAACCAAUUGUAUGUGUUAUUGUGUACGACACUAGUGAUGAUAAUGCACAUGGUGUACGUAUUGCUGGUAAUGAUCAGUUCAUUGUUUAUGGAAUGAAUCUUGCUAUGGGGUUUGACAUAAAUUUUGCACCAUUUAUAUCUUUACCAGAUUGUGUUUAUGUGAAUACAAGUCGUGAUUUUUAUGUAUACAGUUUAGAUGUCGUAUUUAAUAACGAUAAUAAUACAUCUGAUCAAUUAUUUACAUUUGUACAAAUAUCCGAACAAAUGUCAACACAAAACGUUUAUUUUAGUAUUAUUACCGUCAAUAAAUCACUUUGCAGUAUGUCCUAUUUAAUCAUAUCUACUAGAUCUAUUAUCAUAAUAUUCUUUAGUUAAUUUUUAGUUAUUAGAGAAAGAUUAAUAUAUUUUUGUUUUGUGAUU